GGACGCCACACUGCUGGCUGUUUCGAAAAUGAAACUGGCGUCGAGGGAGAGAAAAGAAAACGAAAACAGGGCGAUAUUCAGAUAAAAUCCUCGUGGAUAGGCAGUUUUAAGCUGGCACAGCGGAGGCAGGAGUACCCAACGAUUGAAAUAUGGCAUAAAGCCCUCUUCUACAGUCUGUUGUGGUCCUGUUUUGGGUUGAAGAGGACAGCUUUAAGGGGAACGUCUCUUCCUUUUUUCAGCUGGGAAUGUUGAGUCAAUACCAGAGCUGGAUAGGACGCACUGUACUGCAAUGGAGUCUGUAGCAGUGGGCCCGGCUACUUGGUGAGACUGAAGCCGAUGUCAGUAUGGCGCACUUUGACACAGAGUACCAGCGCCUGGAAGCGUCCUACAGCGACUCUCCCCCUGGAGAGGAGAACCUGCUGAUGCAUGUGCCUGAAGGAGCCAAAUCCCAAUGGCACCACAUAGAAAACCUGGACCUGUUUUUCCAGAGAGUUUAUAAUCUUCACCAGAAGAAUGGAUUCACCUGUAUGUUGCUGGGAGAGAUCUUUGAGCUGGUUCAGUUGCUGUUUGUGGUUGGCUUCACAGUGUUCCUAGCUAACUGUGUGGACUAUGACAUACUCUUUGCCAACAAGUUUGUAAAUCACACCGAUUCAUCAAAAGUCACCUUGCCUGAUGCCUUCCUCCCAGUGGAUGUCUGCAGUGCCCGUAUCCGUGACAACGCAUUUGUGAUCUUUGUGCUGAUAAUCUCUGGGGUGUUUUGGCUACAUCGCCUGGUCAAAUUCAUCUACAAUGUCUGCUGCUACUGGGAGAUCCGGUCCUUCUAUAUCAGUGCACUCAAGAUGACCAUGUCUGAACUACCCUAUGCAACAUGGCAGGAGGUUCAGGCCAGGAUAGUGGAGAUCCAGAAGGAGCACCAGAUCUGCAUCCAUAAAAAAGAACUGACAGAGCUUGACAUUUACCACCGCAUCCUCCGCUUUAAAAACUACAUGGUUGCCAUGGUGAAUAAAUCACUCCUUCCUGUUCGAUUUCGACCUCCUAUACUCGGGGAGUGUGUGUUCUACACACGGGGUCUGAAGUACAACUUUGAGCUCAUCUUCUUUUGGGGGCCAGGUUCUCUGUUUGAGAAUGAGUGGAGCCUAAAACCAGAGUACAAGAGAGGCGGUAACAGGCUUGAGCUGGCAGACAGGCUGGCAUCCCGUAUUCUGUGGAUUGGGAUUGCCAAUCUGCUGCUGUGUCCAGUCAUUCUGGUGUGGCAGAUUCUCUACGCCUUCUUUAGUUACACAGAGGUGAUCAAGCGGGAGCCUGGUUCCCUGGGAGCGAGAUGCUGGUCUUUGUAUGGACGAUGUUACCUGCGUCAUUUCAAUGAGCUGGACCAUGAGCUCAUGUCCCGUCUCAGCAAAGGGUACAAGGCUGCAUCCAAGUAUAUGAACUGUUUCCUCUCGCCACUGCUGACAGUGGUUGCUAAAAAUGUAGCGUUUUUUGCCGGGUCCCUUCUGGCGGUCCUCAUCGCCCUGACUAUCUAUGACGAGGAUGUUCUUGCAGUGGAACAUGUUCUGUCAUCGAUCACACUACUUGGAGUGUGUAUCACAGUCUGCAGAUCAUUUAUUCCUGAUAAGAACAUGGUGUUUUGUCCUGAGCAGCUGCUGCGGGUCAUCCUGGCUCAUAUCCAUUACAUGCCUGACCACUGGCAGGGCAAUGCACAUAGAUAUGAGACCCGUGACCAGUUCUCCCAGCUCUUCCAGUACAAAGCAGUGUUUAUUCUGGAGGAGCUGUUAAGUCCAGUAGUGACUCCCAUCAUCCUGAUUUUCUGUCUGAGGAGGAAGUCUCUGGAGAUCAUUGAUUUCUUCAGGAACUUCACUGUGGAGGUGGUCGGAGUAGGAGACACUUGCUCCUUUGCCCAGAUGGACAUCAGACAGCAUGGACACCCUGCGUGGAUGUCAGAGGGGAAGACAGAGGCGUCUAUCUACCAACAGGCAGAGGAUGGGAAGACGGAGUUAUCCCUGAUGCACUUCGCCAUCACCAACCCCCAGUGGCAGCCUCCUCGGGAGACCACACACUUCAUCAGCCAGCUGAAAGAACGAGUUCACAGAGAGGCCACGGGGGCUCCAUCAGACGCACAUCCACUCUCACUGUCUGAGUCUGAGCCAAGGAGCCUCAUUGCAAACCUCUUGGGAGGUCCUUCUACACUGACCUCCGUUAAUUUCGGCAGGGACAGCUCUUUGACCAAUCACGCAGCAGCUGGCAUAAGCGAUGGAGCAUCUGCCUUACGCUCUCUUUCCCCAAUCAGCAGCAGUCUUCACCUGAGAGGCAGUUUGAGUGUAGCGCACAGGGCUGCAGGCCACACUUCAGCCAUGAGCAAAGCAAUGGCAGGAUCUGGCACUGAUGCCCGAACUGUGAGCUCAGGCAGCAGUGCGUGGGAGGGCCAACUGACCAGUUUGGUCCUGUCAGAGUAUGCCUCUACUGAGAUGAGCAUCCAUGCACUUUACAUGCAUGAGCUACACAAGCAGCAGUCCCGUGGCGAGCUGUCCCGUCACACGUGGCACAGGCAGGAGAGUGACGAAAGCAGUGACAGCGUCCCAGACGAAGUGAGAAGCGAACCCAACCCUCACUCCAGAAAUUUCCCUCGCUCUCACACUUUCCCCAUCACAGUUCCAAGUCCCAGUGCCAUUCCCACUUCAGCCUCAGCCACCAGCAAUACCAUACUGGGCCAGGAGGGGGCAUCAUCACAUAGCAGCACCCAGCGGCGCUUCAGUGGACCCACCACAGACUCUUUUAGUGCUGGGGGGAAAAUAGUUAGGUCGGCCCGUGUGCCCAUGGGAGGGUGGGCGGAGGAGGGUCAGGCAACAUCACGACACCAUGACCCACUACCAGAGGAAAGUUCAGAGGAUGAAAUGCCUCCUCAUAUCCAUAAGGUUACAUAACCAAGCCAUGCGAAUAGGUGUCAGCGUCCCACCCUCUGUAGAUAACCAAACAUCCUGGUCCAUUGUCUAGGCUUGACCCUUUGAUAUGACACGGAUGAAGAUGGGCCUGUGCAACAGUGGUGUACCAUGAUCUCUCCAAACACUCAACUAGUGAAAUCAUCUGGCCAAGUCACGACUGACGCCACCAUCAACCAUUCAAAGAUACUAUAUUACCUACUAUACAUGCCUAAACAGGCAGACAGGGUACAUAUCUGAAUUUGUGUAUCAGAAGAGGACCUACAGGAUCAAGUUAUUUCUAGUAGCUAUUAUACCAUCAGAAUACACUACACUCUUUUACAAUGUAAAAAGAUUGCAUAAUGAAAGUGCAUGUGUUACUGUGAUGUAAACAGAAAUUUUGAACAUGUCAGCACUACUGGAGGCAUCCUUGGCACUUUAUCGCUAUAAAAAAACAAAACAAUUUGCCCAAAGUGUGUUAAGAAAGAUGCUGGUAACACUCUGACUUUCAUUGCGUGUAUCUGUUCUUGUAUCAAUAGCAGGAGGCUGUGUAUCCUGUAUUACAGUUUGCAUUCUGCCUCUUAGCAAAACAUAUGAAGGCCUCAAACAGUAUCAAAUUCACCAUUAAAUGUUAUCUCUUGACAUUUUUUAUUAACAUGUUUUGCUCCUGAUUUUUUUUUUUUUUGAUUGCUUGAUUGCCACUGCAUUACAAAGUUAAUUUGAGUUUUCUAAAAUGUUCUUAAAUCUUUCCCAGUCUGCCUCCAUUUGCACAAAUAGUUGCUUGUUUAAAAGAUAAUUGUACAGCUUAGCCCGGUAUUCUGCACGCACACAUGUACUAUGUAAAUAAAUGUUAUCAGGUUAAUUCACAGCAGUCAUUCAGAAUAUUGGAUUAAUCAAAUUUACAUGAUUUAAAGGGCAACAUUUUGUGAUGUGUAGCCGGAGAUGCUGUAUGCAAGCACAUAUAAAGGGUUUUAUUGUUUAUCACACAUUAUUUCUCAACAAACCUGUGAAAGGGUGCAACAGACAAACAAGACUGUUUGAAGCAUGUCAUAUUGACUCCUGUGCCAUACAAAAAGCCCUGAAGCACAAGUGCAUGGCAGCCAUCCAAACAUUUCUUCUAAAGAGUUGUAACUAAUCUCACAGUAAGAAUACUGUACACGACUCCAUUUCUGAUUAAUCACAGCAUGACUUUCCUGCUCCCUGUCAUUGAACCUCAGUUCUUUAAAAGACUUAUGCACUUUAAAUAAUUUGUUAAUGCAGAGGGUGUCACUUGUUUGUAUGUUUAUGUUUUCAUGUAUAUAUUUUGUAAUGAUUUUAUUUAUCAAAGGGAUGUGCCAUGAUUAUUGACAGCUGUGACUCAAGGUCGUGUUUUCCGUUGUGUACUUGGAUCAGGAUAAAAAAUUAAUGGCACACCGUUAACCUAGACUGAUAAUAUGGUCAUGGAUGCAAAGAUUCACUGCAAUGUUAUAUUAAAAGUAAUUGUGUUGGGAUUUUUUUGUGUGUUUUAUAGAUCCUGUAAAGUACCAUUUUGUACAGCUGUAAAUUCAUCCAUUAAAGACAUG